AUGAGCUCUUAUCCGCAGCCGGGGGCUCUAACCGGGCAGCAGCAGCAGCAGCAGCCGAUAUUUAAUUUUUCCAGUGCUAUUCCUAUUAAGAAGAGAAGGUUCCCUGUAAUCCGGUCACCAUCUCCUCCUCCUCCAGAAGAAAAUAUAUCGGGCAGCGAAAUCAUCAAGUCAAAGAACGAGAAAGAACUCAAGAGUUCCGAAAACAACGAAUCGAAGAACAAGGAAGAACUCAAGAUUUCCAAAAACGAUGAAUCGAAGAACCAGCAAGAAUCCAAAAUUCAAGAUGAAGAAAAGCCAUCUUUGAUUGAUGCAACAAAUGCAUCUUCUCCUGGGAAUUCUGAUGUGAGGAAGCCAGUUAGCCCCAUUAAUGCUGAUUUGGGACAACCGAAUGUGGAAAAUCUUGCACGCAUGCCGCACGAGGCGAAGCCCGCGGUUAACUUAAGCUCGGUUACUGAAUUGGGCGCUGAAGUUGAUAUAUUACCGAAAGAAAAAUCUCCAGAACCUGAAGUUCCUGAAAGCUGUACGCAUUCUCAAACUGUGAAAGUGAAGCAGGAAACUUUAAGUGUUCAGAAUAAUGAAGGCAUAUGCGGACUCGAACUAUCAACAGCCUCAAUGAGUGUUGAACUGUCACUAGGACCGAAAGAAUCUGCUGUUCCUUCUCUGGAACAUGAAAAAGAUGAAGUUAUCUGCAACAAACCCGGCAAGUCAGAUCCUUCCUUGUUGAUUUUGGCUUUGAGCAACAAAAAUCCUGCUCAGCUUGGGACAAUUGAUUCUACUCUAAAUGAGGUUAACAGUCAAGUCUCAUAUAAUCGGUCAAACUGGGAUUUGAACAAAACAAUGGAUGUUUGGGGAAGUAUCAGGGGUAGUGAUGCAUUUGCGGAUGCAUUUGCUGAUGUCGGUGGAUAUCGCAAGAUGGAUGACCUCCAAUAUGAGAAAUCCUCUUUGACUACAGACGGAACAAUUGGUGUGAGUUUGGAUAAAGGAAAACGCAAUCUGGAUGUCAGUGGAUUCAGUUCUUCCGACUCAACCAUACAACAAUUCAGCCAGCAAUGCAAGACUGAUGGUUCCCUCGGUCUUAGACUUGCUAUGCCGCAUAGGGAGAUGGAUGUUAGGAAAGAGUAUUCUUCUUUAUCAGAUAACUCAGUCUCCACCAGUGAUACUCGCAGUUUAGGUUUGCAACGGGAGCAAAUAUCGGCCGCAAACAUGACCAGGCCUGUGAAAUCAGAACCUGUUGAUGAGAAUACCAAACGUGACUGUAGUGUAGGUAGUAGUAGUAGCAGCUGUAAUGUGACGGGGUUAUUGAAGCUGAGUUCCGUGAAAACAGAAUUUGUCAAUAACCACAGAGUGGAAUCUGUACUGCAGCCAUCUGCUACUCCGAAUACAUUAUUUUAUUCUGGAAAAUCAAUGAAACCUGAAGGUGUUCAUGAGGAUAAUCAUCAGGUGUGCAAAUCUGACGAUAUUACACUGCCUCAAUUUUUUUCAAGGAUGCAGAAGAUACAAGAGAGCAGUCCAUCUUCUUCUUUUCCUUUGGAUACCUUGCCCUUGAUGCCUCACAGUUUGUGUAGUUCAAGUUUGCCAGCUUGUACAGAGUCAAUUCCAGUUCCAACUCGGGACUUGUCGACUCGUUUGGAACAUUGUCAAGAGUUAUCACCCAGCUGCCCUGAUGACAAAAUAUCAAGGCCUAGUGAUUUGGGGAACUUGAGUUCUGUAGAUCAUGUGGAGCACAAAUUGGCUCGGGUAGAUGAGGAUACCUUUGAAUUAGAUGAUGACGAAAAAUUAAACGAACCAGCAAAAACGACUGAAGAAGAGAGUCUCAAGUCCGGCUGUGGGUCCCAGGGGAUUUGCAAUGUUAGUAACUCGAUUGAUAAAGGAGAAAACAAACACAGCAAGGAAGAUGAAGAGUACGAGGAUGGUGAGGUUCGAGAGCCAAUUCAAUGCCCAAAUGUAGACAGACCGAUCAACAUUGAAAAGAAAAUGGACAACUCUGAAUAUUUCAGGCAUGAUUCUCAAAAUCUGCAGCCUUUGGGUGAUCAAGACUUCAUCAGUACAUCUGAAUCUGAUGCAAAUAUUUCUGCGAAGAGAAAUCACCAGGGUUCCUGUAACGACUCAAAUGAUGAUAAAGCUGGUCCCAACGGUGAAUAUAACUUGUUAAAUAAAGCAUUAGAAGUGUUGGAGGCAGGACUAGAUGAGAAGUAUACCAUAAAUGUGACUCCAGAUGAGCAGCUUCAAGAUCUUCCUGCAAAAGAAUUCUCCAUCAGUGGACCAGCUGAGUUAGAGGAUGCAGAUAACUACGUUGUUAAAGAAACCUGCUCGGGGGAGGAGAACAAUAAUUCGAACUUGUUUAAAGCGGAAGCAUCUUUGGACGCCCAUGAUGCUGCCAAAAAUUCCACCAAUGGAGGCAAUAAGAGCCGCAUAAUUAAUUUGUCUCGUGCUUCAGCUGUAACAAGUCCUUGCAAAACAAGAUCCAUUCCGAAAAGAUUGGUGACGACAAGGAGUGGAAAAGAAAGGUAUUCGGAUCUUGAUGGGGAGACUCAACUACGAGGAAAUAGGGAUGAAUUCUACACGGGCAGCCCUAAUAACAAAUUCAUAAAAGAUCGGGCCCAGGAUCAGGAUCAGGAUCGGCCACAGAGGAACCCACGAUCGAGUUUCUCGAACAGGAGGGGGAGAAUAUCUAACCGCUUUGGCUCCUUACAUGGUGACUGGGACAUGCCGGAUCAUGAAUUUGCAUCAGAGGCUCCUUACGGCCCGUCCGAUUACCGACACGUCAGGCACAAACACAAACACGCCUCUGAUGUCGAGGUCGAAUGCAACAACGGCUAUGACAUUCAACAAGACAACACUCCUCCUGAUAGAAGGAAGCCAAAGAACGAUGAAUUCCCUUCAUUACGCCGUACGUCCUUGAGGAGGAGACUCUCUCCUGGAGACAGAGAGAACCGAAACUUCCCCAGAUUUCGAAAUACGAGCCCAAACCGACACGGAGACAAAUUCAUGCGGCAUUUAUCAUCGGAUGACAUCAUCAAUCCUGCUUACAGUAAUAAUCCACAAGUGAUGUACGACGAGCUCGACGGGCAGCAGCAGCAGCUCGUGCGGAGGAACAGAAAUUUUUCAAACAUGCAGAGAAAAGGGUAUUCACGAAACCACCGCUCGAAAUCUCGAACGCGUUCGCCCGGACCGUGGUCAUCUCCCCAAAACAGUCGCAGAUCCCCAGUUUUUUACCGAACUGGGAGAAUGAGAUCGCCUGAUCGUGCCUGUUUCCGUGAUGAGAUUGUUCCUAGGAGGCGUGGGUCCCCCUCGUACGGUCCUCGGAAUAGGAGAGGUUCACCCGAACGGGCCUUCCCGAGGAGCGGCCGGAGAAUGGACGGUAUGGAUUCUAGGGAGAUGAUGGGAGAUUGUGAUGAGGAGUACAUGAACGGGUCGAGUAGUAAGUUCAACGAGAGGCGUGGGCCUGCCCGUUCGUUCCGGACAGGUUAUAAUAACGGCAACGGGGAGAAUUUCCGUUUUCAUCCAAACGAGGACCACCACAGGCCUUACCGAUUCUGUUCCGAUUCGGAUGGAGAGUUUGUGGAGAGAGGUGGUGGUGGUAUGAGAGACAGGGAGUUUGACGGGCGUGUAAAGAACCAUCAUCAUCAGUCUUCUUUGGGUAUGUCGAGGAGGAUUAGGAAUGUCGAGGAACACGAGGAUGGGAAUUACAGGUCCAUCGAGCGAGUCUGGCAUGAUGAUGGGUUUUCUGAUGGUAGAGGAAAAAGAAGGAGAUUCUGA